AUGAAGUACACACCUGCCGUUUCGGCCCUGGUGGCCCUCGCCCCUCUCGUCGGAGCAACAGACUAUACGGAGCCGAUGGCCAAGCAGUCUAGCUUCCAGGCCUUCAACCUGUGCGUAAACGUUCUGGGCGACCAGAACAGCGGCCCCAGGUUCGACCCGCCCAUCCAGGAUGCAUACGUCAACAGCCUCCACGUCGGUGCCGGCCUGGCCCUAGCCCAGGUCACCCUCGACAUCGGCCGCGUCUUCUACCAGAACGGCACGGCUGCCAACGCGGCUGCCACCUCCAUCAUCACCGACGGCGGCACGCCUCCCUUCCCUGAGGGCCUGACCGUCGUUCCCGACGACCCAGCCCAGCCGGCCCUGGCGACUGUCCACAUCGACAGCGGCGCCGGCACCCCAGGGCUCAACAUCAGCCCCCGUCCCGGCCCGGAGCUGCGCACCUCCAACACCACGGAUAGCGGGCAGUUCCUGGCUUGCCACGAGCCUAUCCCCUAUUAUAGCGGCGCCGUCUUCACCGUCAUCAAGCAUCUCACUCCGGCGACAGCCCCGGUCCCGCCCGAGUGUAAGGCUAUCCAGCUGUUUCCCAAGUGCACCAGGCUCAAUGACUUGCCGCCGGGGGCUUCUUCGAACCACGCCAGUGUCAUGCAGACAGAGUGCUACUUUUGA